CUCCUUCUUUAUCUUUCAUUGUCAAAAGUUAGUCCUCUCAGGUCUCAAGAGUUAAAUACAUGGAUAGAUUCAUCAUUUAGAGGAUCCAUAGGGGCAGAAGCAGAACUAAUCUCUGUCUUAUUCUUGCCCCUUGGGGUCUUGUUGCUGUUGUUCGGUUCUUGUGGGGUGACCUUCUGCUUACAUAAAAUCUAUCACCCCUCUUCAAUAGAGGGAAGAAGCAAAAAGUAAAGCCUGCUCUCUAGAUCUUCUGAGAAAGGAAGUGAUUGAUGGAGGAUAAUAACUAUAACAGGCAGAGGAGUGGAAUAUGGAGAUGCUUGAGAGACGGAGACUUUGAAGAAGAGGAAGUUUGGGCUGUUUUCAAGGACAGACCUGAUUACAACAAUAUUUCUGGUGUUCACAAGCCAAAGGAAAAAGGGUCUUCUCCUCUUGCUGUUCCCAGGACUCUUCCAAGCGCUGCAAGGAUGAUUCCAAGGACUAGCAGUGGCAAUAGCAGUGCCAGUUCCUCUCAUGAAACCAAAGUUCUUCAGCAAUCAGCACCUCUCAACAUUCCUGACUGGUCACAGAUUUAUAGGAACAAGCCAAACAAGACCCCCAACAGUGUAUCAAAGUUUGGUGACUACGGUGAUUUCUACCAUUCUGUUGGUGAUGAAGGUGAUGGUGAGGGUGUUGGUAAUUAUGGUGGAGGGUACAGUGAUGAUGAGGAAGAAGAAGAUGAUGAGUAUGACACAAAGCUCCCCCCACACGAGUUUAUUGCAAGAAGGCUUGCAAGGAGUCAAAUAUCCUCUUUUUCAGUUUUUGAAGGUGUUGGAAGGACCCUCAAAGGUAGGGAUCUCAGCAAAGUGAGGAAUGCUGUUCUCACAAAAACUGGUUUCCUUGAAUCAUUGUGAAAGAGGUUCCCAUGAACCAAAUUUGUUAUGUAUAGAGGGGUAGCCAGUGGUUGGUUAGUUAUUCAGAUUGUGUGCAUGUUUUGUAUGGAAGAUUCAUUCAGGCUUUUACCAUGAAAAAAACAAUGAUUCAACUUGCUUCUGGUGGCAAUUCAAACUGGCUUAUGUCAAAUUCAUGGUGUCUCUGGUAUAAAGCCAUUAAUCAUUUACAAGAACACAAGUGUUUUUAAGACCAAUGUCAUUUAGAUUUCCAAGUUAUUCACUAAAUCUUAUAUUCAUAUA